ACAGACCAGCAGUCACCAGUCGUUCCAGCCCCGGGCUUCCCAGUCGAGUCGCCACCGGGCCGGAGCUGGCCACCCCGCGACCCGCGUCCGCCACCGCCACCGCCACCGGCCACCACCGCAACACAAGUACGCAACGCUGGCCGUGCCGCACCAAGAUAAAGCUCUUGUCUUCUCUAAUUCCUCUCCAGCCGCUGGCUUGGCUGGCUCGCCGAUAGCCCAGGUGCCCGCUGCCAACCUCCACUUCCAGAAGCCGAGAGGGCCACCGCGAGAGAUCUUACUGCUCCGUACCCGCGUACGGACUCCCAAUCAAACCCGAACCCGUAGCCGCGCCGUCCCACCCCGUACCCAAUCGGGGGAGGCCACGCCGACGGCCCGCCCGCCGCCGCCACCUCGCGGCGCUCUGCUCUGCUGCUGCUGCUGCGCGCGCGGGGGGUGCUAGCUCAUGCCCCGGAUGACCAAGCUGCUGCUCCAGCUGCAGGCGGCGGCGGACCGGAGGCACGGCCACGGCAGCGGCCUCGGCUUCGUCCCGGGCGCCGGGCGCCGCCACCCGCCGACGCCCCGCCACGCGUCCGCCGCCGGCAGAUUCGCCCCGUCCUGCCUCGUCCUCUGCCUCCUCGCCCUCGCCGCGGCGGCCACCACGCUCGCGCUCGCGCUCGCGCUCACGCUCCACCGCCACGUCCCCGACCCCGCCGCCGCCGCGCCUGGCGCCUCGCCACGCGGCUUCGCGGUGGUGAUCAACACGUGGCGGCGCUACGCGCUCCUGCGGCGGUCCGUGGCCCACUACGCUGCCUGCCCCGGCGUCGACGCCGUCCACGUCGUGUGGAGCGAGCCGCGCCCGCCGCCCGAGCACCUGCGCCGGGCCGUCCUCAACGGGACCCGCCGCGGGAUCGUGCGCUUCGAUAUCAACGGCAUCGACAGCCUCAACAACAGGUUCAGGCCCAUCCGGGGGCUCGCCGCGGACGCCGUCUUCUCCGUCGACGACGACCUCAUCGUCCCGUGCUCCACGCUCCGGUUCGCCUUCGACGUGUGGCGGAGCGCACCCUCCGCCAUGGUCGGCUUCGUGCCGCGGAUGCACUGGCUUGCCGACCCGAGAGGAGGUGGUACAAAGGAAUACCGAUAUGGAAGCUGGUGGUCAGUUUGGUGGACAGGCACAUAUAGUAUGGUUCUGUCCAAAGCGAGUUUCUUCCACAGGCAGUACUUGGAUCUAUAUACCAACCAAAUGCUACCGUCAAUUCGCAAAUAUGUGAAUGAAAAUAGGAAUUGUGAGGAUAUUGCAAUGUCUUUUCUUGUUGCAAAUGCUACCGGAGCUCCACCAAUAUGGGUACAAGGAAGGAUAUUUGAGAUUGGAUCGAGUGGCAUCAGCAGUUUGAAAGGCCAUGGUUUGCAGAGAUCCAGAUGCCUCAACACAUUUGCUGCCAUGUAUGGCCAUAUGCCUCUCGUAGCCACCACAGUCAAGGCUGUCGACAGCCGCAAGAGCUGGUUCUGGUGAUAUGCCUCUUGUUUGGCUCUGCUAUCUCCUGUUAUUUUGCUUUUCAAAUUUCCUUAGGUGCUGCCUAGCCAUAUUACAAUUUACGAGGCUAGUGUGUCUGUGCAUAAUUCAUCAGCACCUAAGAACACAGGUUGUACACGUUGAGACUAAAACACAGCGACCACAUUCAAAUUCAAAAUAUUGGAGUUAGUUACUUGUAAUCCAUGUGAAAGGGGAUUGCUCAUGGUUAUUGAUGUGACAGUAAUCAAUUCACUGCUUCUCUUUUUUUUUUCUGGGGG